AGGCCCUCUGCCCCCCUCUAUUGGUCUAGCUCUCCAAGCUGAUUAUCUGGGCUGCUCCUAACAUUUGCCCAUUUUCCAGGGCCUCUCUGGAGCAACCAUGAAGUCCCUGGUCCUGCUCCUUUGUUUUGCUCAGCUCUGGGGCUGCCAAUCAGCUCCACAAGGUACAGGACUGGGUUUUAGAGAAUUGGCUUGUGAUGACCCAGAAACAGAGCAAGUAGCUUUGUUGGCUGUGGACUACCUCAAUAAACAUCUUCUUCAGGGAUUCAAACAGAUCUUGAAUCAGAUCGACAAAGUCAAGGUGUGGUAUCGGCGGCCCUUCGGAGUAGUGUAUGAGUUGGAAGUUGACACACUGGAGACCACCUGCCAUGCUCUGGACCCCACCCCCCUGGCAAACUGUUCUGUGAGGCAGCUGACUGAGCACGCGGUGGAGGGAGACUGUGACUUCCACAUCCUGAAACAAGACGGCCAGUUCACUGUGAUGCACACCCAGUGUCAUUCCAACCCAGACUCUGCGGAGGACGUGCGUAAGUUGUGCCCACGGUGCCCACUCCUGACCCGGUUCAACGAUACCAACGUGGUCCACACCGUCAAUACUGCCCUGGCUGCCUUCAACGCACAGAAUAACGGAACCUAUUUUAAACUGGUGGAGAUUUCCCGGGCUCAAAAUGUGCCUCUCCCAGUGUCUACUCUGGUGGAGUUUGUAAUAGCUGCCACUGACUGUACUGCAAAAGAGGUCACAGAUCCAGCCAAAUGCAACCUGCUGGCAGAAAAGCAAUACGGCUUCUGCAAGGCAAAUCUCAUGCAUAAUCUUGGUGGGGAAGAAGUUUCAGUGGCCUGCAAGUUAUUCCAAACACAGCCCCAGCCAGCCAAUGCCAACACAGCAGGUCCUACACCCACCGUGGUCCGAGAGGCGCCCGCAGCCCCGCCAGCUGACCCACCUGCAUCUGUGGUGGUGGGACCUGUGGCGGUUCCUCUAGGACUUCCAGACCACCGAACUUACCAUGACCUACGCCACGCCUUCUCUCCUGUGGCCUCCGUGGAGUCGGCCUCAGGAGAAGCUCUUCACUCUCCUGGGGUGGGCCAGCCUGGUGCUGCUGGUCCAGUGUCCCCCAUGUGCCCGGGGAAGGUCAGACACUUCAAGGUCUAGGCUUGACUCAGGGAAGUAAGGUUUUGGCAGAGGGGACAUAGCCACCACUGAAGCUGGGGGGCUUGUCCACUGACAAAGCAAUACCACAUCACAGCUCGAAUUCCAGGUCUCUUCAUUCCUCAGAGAACAGGGCCAGACAGGUAAUGGUCAAAUUUGAUGAAAGGCAUAAAGCCAGCAGCAACACUGGCACUGGUGGGGUGACAAAUGACUGCCAUUGUUUCUCUGCCUCCGCACUGACCUCAUACAAAACAGUUGCAACCACAACUCUGAAAGGUGCUCUUGCUAAUCUUCAAUCUAGCCAUAAAUAAAAGUGCCCAAACGAGCUUUCUCAAAUAAGAAGGUUCUGAGCCAAAAUGUGGUCA